AUGUCAUCUCUUGAGGUGUGCUGGCCAGUGCCAAUGCGAGCCAUCGGAGCGCAGAAUCUCCUCACUAUGCCUGGAGGUGUUUGUAUAGCAGGGUACCUCCACAAGAAGGGAGCCAGCCAGUUUAGUCUCCUGAGAUGGCCAUUACGGUACAUCAUCAUCCACAAGGGCUGUGUGUACUACUUUAAAAGUAGUACGUCUCCUGCACCACAGGGAGCAUUCUCUUUAAAUGGUUAUAAUAGAGUGAUGAGAGCAGCAGAAGAGACAACGUCUAACAAUGUUUUUCCAUUUAAGAUGAUCCACUUCAGCAAAAAACAUAGGACGUGGUAUUUUUCUGCAGCUAGUGAAGAUGAGAGAAGGAGAUGGAUGAGGUCCUUACGACGGGAAAUUGAUCAUUAUAAUGACAGGAAAGAGUCACAUAUUCCAAGUGACUCAGAUUCAGAUGCGGAGAGUUUUUAUGGGACCAUUGAGAAGCCUAUGGACAUUAAACACCCAAUCAAUAAUGCAGACAAUGAUUAUGUUGAAGACGAUGACGAUGAAGAUGAGGAAGAUUAUCUGAAGCCAGAUGGUGACUGUUUGCCAACAUCUACAGGUGAUACAGGUCGACCCACUGGACCUCCACCCUCUUACCCACCUCCUCCUGUUCCAGCGAUACCCCAGCAACAUCUAGGAUCUUGUGUAGCAAUCCAUAAAGGCCUGCCACCUCCAGUACCAUCACAUUGCAGAAACCUAACAGGCACAAAUCCCAAAAAACCCUUGCCCGCGAUACCUCCUCCCAUUCUGAAACGCCCAAACAAAAGUCCACCUCCUCCACCCCCCUUUUCCUCACAGCUGCAAAAUCACCCCUCUCCUUUCCCACCACCCCUUCCUCCCCCAAACUCACAGUGGCCUCCUAAAAGCAGGACACAAUCUGCAGUUGGGCCGGGGACUGGGAAUAGACGUUCGAGGCCUCCAUCAGCUGUAUCACUCCAAACCCCCGCCACGCUACCCAUCUGUAACCAACUAGAGACUAGGAUGAUUGUCACUGAAUUAGACCACUGCUCUCAUGAGGACGAAAAAGUUCCUAUCAAGAAUCACCUCACACAAACAAGCAAACUCCGCGGCAAGCCAAGCCAAUCAGUGACCACAGUUGAAAAUUUUGAAUCACCCAAUCACCCACCUCGAUCCCCUCUUCUUCAAACUGUACAUCAGAAUAGGAAUACCAAUUCAGCUAAAGUUCCACCAUCAGUAAAGCCUCCAGUGCCUGCACCUAAGCCAAGACAUCUGGGCACACUCCUUCAAAGAACAGAUCCAGAAGGUCAAAGUUUCCGUGCAUCAGGAGAAAGGUCUGCUAUGGAGUUCACAAAGAAACGAGACUUUACCACGUGCUCGGAAGGAUAUGAUCAAGAUUACGAUAAUAUGCAUCUCCCAGACUCUGUUUUCAUUGACUCAACGGAAACCAGCUUUGUGGAGAAAUUAUUUAAGGAGCGCUCCGUUCUCCUGCAAAAUGGACUUUAUGGCAUCAGAAACUCUGGAACCAAAACCUCCAAGGUGCUGGUGGUAUGGGAUGUAACCUUAGGCAAAGCUAGAAACUACAGGCUGUUUGAAGAGGGUGAACAGGUGUUUCUGGACUGUGAUGUGACCUUCCCCACUCUUUCAGCACUGAUCGAACACUACUAUAGCCAUCCACUUCCUCACCAGAGUUCCCUUUUCCUACAGAUGCCUUACUCAGAGAGCGUAAACAAACCAGGAGGUGUGACAGCCAGCCGACAAGCUAACCUGAACCGAGCAGCCGGCAAGCAAGUUACAGCUCGCCAUUCCCCUGCUGAGGCCAGGAAAGCUCAUUUGCCGGGGAAGCAGCUGGGGAAUGGCCGCCGGACAUACCGGCCGACAUCGGAGGAGUGCGUUAUUGCCCAAGCCCAACCCGAGGAUUGUGGUCUAUUGCUGGGCAGAGGGGCAAAGGAGGCUUGA